AUGGAGGAAUACAAGCUAGAAGAAGCACACACCACUACCACCACCAGCAGUGAUACCAAGUCGUCUAAUGGCAAAACGAGUAAAAUGGCUUGGCUUGUCACCUUUUCCACCAUGUUGGUAAAUGCUGCUUGUGCCAUCAUGUGGGUUAGCUGUGCGUCUGCUCCUAUAACAUCAGCCGAAUGGAUGGGUGGAAGCCUUAGCAAUGUCAACUGGCUUUCAAGUCUUUGUGCUAUUGACAACUCGGUCUUUUCUCUCGUUUGUAUAUGGGCGUAUGAACGUUUCGGUGUAAAGCGCUGUCUUGUCUUUUCAGCUGUCAUCAAUAGCAUCGGCUCAUGGAUUCGGUGCAUUGCUAUAGCUUUGCCCACCGACAAGAGGUAUUCUGUGGUAGUGCUCGCCUCCGUAUGGUUUGCUCCUCGAGAUCGUAACCUGGGUGCAACGUUGGCAACGUUAUCACUCGGCCAAAUCGCCGCACCGCUUUUUAUCCCAGCGGUUGCCAAUACCGCUGAUAAGGUCCCAACCAUGUUGUAUGCGACAGCCAUUAUUGCCACCGUUUGUGCAAUCCCUAUCAUGUUGAUGCCGGGUUUACCCAAAGUACCACCAGCCAAUAGUGCUACAUCACCUCGACUCUCGAUUUGCGAAGGUGUCAAGCAGCUUGUCAAAUCCAAAGAUUACUGGUUUAUUGCUAUCCCGGCCAUUGUAAAUGCUGGCAUGUUUUACACAAUGACCGUGGUCAUUAUUGAAGCAGCCGUACCAUAUGGCUAUAAUGAACAACAAAGCGGUAUUGCCAAUGCACUCCUUAUGGUGAGCGGUUUUGCAGGAGGCGGUAUGAUAGGCUACUGGAUUGGCCGAACGGGAGAGCACUUGGCCAUGAUCAAGCUAUUCACACCCAUCGUUUGUGGCAUGUUUGUGAUGGUGAAUUUCCAAAUCUUAUACCCGAUCCCUGAAUCUCUAUCAUCGAACGUUACGUGGUCACUUGUUACGGCAGGGAUGUUGAUUUUUACUGUGAUCACCGAUACGUUGCGUGCUGGCCCUGAAGCGGAUCCACCAAACAACAUGAAUGCGGCAAUGAUGGUGUGCUCGAUCAUUGUGUGUGUCGGAUCAUUACCCGUGAUAUGGCUCAAGGGUGAAUUAAAGCGCCUGGCUAUCGAUCGAGCUAGCAGUAUAUGA